AUGUCUGCAUUUCCUAAAUUCAAAUUGAACACAGGAUCGUCCAUCCCGUCGAUCGGCCUUGGAACUUGGAAGGCUUCAGAGGAAGAUACAUACCACGCUGUCCUGUCCGCCUUAGAAAAUGGCUAUAGGCACAUCGACACUGCUGCCUUUUAUAAAAACGAGCCAGCGGUUGGCAAAGCCAUUAACGACUCCCCGGUUGCACGCGAAGAUAUUUUCGUCACAACUAAAUUAUGGUGCACCCAACAUAAGGAUCCAAAGGGGGCGCUAAAGGAAUCCUUGCAGCGUUUGGGAUUGAGUUAUGUGGACAUGUAUUUGAUGCACUGGCCGGUCAUGCUCAAAACAGACAAGAUCACAGAUGGCAACUACCUAGUCAUGCCGCUGAAUGCUAGCGGGGGACGCGACACUGACGUCGAAAAUUGGCAUUUUGUCAAAACUUGGGAGUUAAUGCAGGAUAUUCCAGAUUCCGGGCUUGCUAAGGCCAUAGGUGUUUCUAAUUUCUCCAUCAACAACCUAAAAGAGAUCUUGAAGCCAGAACUGGGACUUGUUGUGCCCGCCGCCAAUCAAAUUGAGAUUCAUCCUCAAUUGCCACAAGAUGAGUUAAUUGACUUCUGUAAAACUCACGGAAUCCUUGUGGAAGCUUAUUCUCCUUUGGGGUCCACCAGCUCCCCGCUGCUAUCCGCUUUGGCUGUCGUCGAAGUGGCAAAGAAAUACAACGUCGAGCCCGCACAAGUUUUGAUCAAUUGGGGCGUCUCUAGAGGCUACUGCGUGUUGCCCAAAUCUGUGACUCCAACACGAAUUGUUUCGAACUUCAGGAAAGUUGAUUUAUCUGCGGAAGAUUUACAGAAGAUUUCAGACGUUCAUAAAACAUUGGGGGGCAAAAGGUAUUUGGAUGCUGAUUGGGGUGCAUUCAUUCCAUUUGUGUGA